AUGUUUAUUUUAUAAUUCCUAUUACUUAAUGGAAUACUUACCGAACAAAUUCAAUAGCAAGAAGUUAAGAGAUUUUCAAUAAUACAUGGAAGAAUUUCAACUAUUUAGGUUCCAAUUUAAAAUGUAUUCAAUGUUGAAAUACAUCAUUUAAAUAAAACUCUAAACAAUACGAAAGAAGGUGAGGAACCAUCAGUACUAUUUGCUGAUUUCUGUUAACCAAAGAAUCCAUCAAUUUACUUAGAGCAUAUUCAAUCAAUUAAUGUAUGUGCAGAUUAAUGUGAAAUAAUUAUUCAAAAUAAUAAAAUUUAUAGUUUAUUGCCUGGUUACUUAAAAGUAUUGGAGAUGAAUGAUGAAUAGGGAUUUACAUUUUUUAGCGAAACUCUCCUAUAGAUUUCAUAAAACCUAUCUGAAAUACUAAUUACGACUAACAUACAGUAAGAUAAUAAAUUAAUAAUUCUGGAUGGAGUGAACUUAUUCAUCAUAAAUAUAGACUAAAAUGAUGAAAUAAAUAAACCAAUUACAUUGUAAUCAUAGAUAGAGGCGGUUACAUAAAUAAUGUAUUUCGAUAAUUUGAUCUAUGUCUUUGGUAAUAACACUUUAGAAAUAUUCAUAAUUCAAGAUAAACAAGUGGAAUUGAUAUAAUCAAUUAAUAUAGGAAAAUUUGAAAGUUAGAAUACAAGUAUUGUUGGAUUUAAAUUAAAAAGUGCAAACCAUAUCAUUUGGAUUACUGAAUCAAGUUUGGGUUAUGUUUAAUUGGAUGCAUAAUUUCAGCCAAUCCAAUUCAACUCUUUUUUGCGUUUGGAAGGCAAAAUAAUAGAUGUGGAAAUUUAAGAGGAUUUGACUUAUGUGAUCUAGAAAUUGAACAAUAAGCUUAAUUAAUAAUAUGUUCUAGAAUAUGAAAGAGGUGUAUUAAAGUAGAAUCUAAGUCUUACUACCAAAGUGCGUUAGAUAUUUUCAACAUAGAAUUACAUCAUAAUACUAUAAGAGAACUUGAUUCAAUUGGCAUUUGCUAAGAUUGAGUCACAGCAAUUGUUUAGUAAGAAUAUUUUAGAGAAUACAAAUAAGAUUUUGAAAUAUGAUUAGGGAUAGUUGAUGGUGUAAUAAUAAAAUGAGAUAGUUCAAUACGAAAUAAAAUAAUAGUCAGCAUAAUUGGUAUGUGAACCAAAUCAAAACUAUUCGACUGGAACAUAUAUGAUGGAGUUAAGGACUGGGUAUUUUGUUAAUGAGAAAAAAGCAUAUCAUAAUUAGUUAGUAGAGAUUAAUGUUUAUUUUGAAAUAUUUGAGAAUGGAAAUGUUGGACUGUAUGUGGGUUUAACAAUUGGAUUAGCAUUGACUUUUAUGACAAUGAUUAUAUUUUGUGUAUUCUUUUACAAACUUAAAGCAAAGUAUCAAUUAGUAAGAGAGUAAUAUCAUAAAAAUUCAACUGAAUUUACUAUUGAAUGA